UCUUCUUUAUCCAAACCAAAUCCUCUCGAAGCAGAGUAACAGCAAAGGGGGAGCCAAAAAAAAAUGACGACGAUAAUGGCGACGCAGGGGGCUAUUCUGCGAUUACGAACGAGCUCAUCCUCAAAGUCCGUCGCUAAGCCAACGGAGCUCGGCUUCCUCAGCUCUCAGCUCAGUGGCUUAAGAAUCUCGCAUGCUCCCUCCGAUGACGUCAUCAACCGCAUCUCCCUUCCUUCCUUUCCCGGUGCUCUUCAGCCAAUCGUCGCCCGGAGGAUCUGUCCUUUUACUGGGAAGAAAGCAAACAGAGCAAACAAAGUCUCCUUCUCUAACCACAAGACCAAGAAGUUGCAGUUCGUCAACUUACAGUACAAGAAAGUUUGGUGGGAAGCUGGGAAACGCUUCGUCAAGCUUCGUUUAUCAACAAAGGCCUUGAAGACCAUUGAGAAGAACGGUCUCGACGCUGUUGCCAAGAAAGCUGGCAUAGAUCUUCGCAAGAAAUAGAUAUGAUUUGAUUGAUAUGCAUUUUUCUUGCUGUUAAUUUCUUUUCUUAAUACAUUUCCUUCAAUGGAACGUUUAUGAGUUUGAAUCAGAAAACUGUUUAAUG